AUGAUGUUCUCCUCCGCGGGGAAGCGCUGCUUCACCAUCGAGUCUCUGGUCGCCAAGGAGAGCCCCCUGACGGCCGAGGAGCCCCUCCGCCCCACGGCUCUGACUUACUCCACCCCGAGCAGCGACGCCUUAAUGAACAGCUACCCGCCCCCCCAGGCCCGCUCCCUCUACCCGAGCCCGGAGCUGGUGUUCCCGGAGGCGGUGAGCCACCCGUCCCUCACCGUGACCCCGCACCAGCUCGGCGGCUCCCAUCUCCAACACCCGCACUUUUUCAACACGCAGCACCGGGACCCGCUCAACUUCUACCCCUGGGUCCUGCGGAACCGAUUCUUUGGACACAGAUUCCAAGGUAACGACGUGUCCCAGGACAGCCUGCUCCUCCACGGGCCCUUCGCCCGGAAGCCCAAACGCAUCCGGACGGCCUUCUCCCCCUCGCAGCUCCUCCGCCUCGAGAGAGCCUUCGAGAAGAACCACUACGUGGUGGGAGCCGAGAGGAAGCAGCUGGCCAGCAGCCUGAGCUUGUCCGAAACACAGGUGAAAGUGUGGUUCCAGAACAGGAGGACCAAGUACAAGCGGCAGAAGCUGGAGGAGGAGGGUCCUGAGAGCCAGCAGAAGAAGAAGGGGAACCACCACAUCAACAGAUGGCGCAUCGCCACAAAGCAGGCCAGCUCUGAGGACAUCGACGUGACCUCAGAGGACUGAAACCCCGUGUCCCUUCUGAUGCACCGAGGACCAAAACUAUUUAUUAUGUUGUGUUCAUGAAGUGUAAUUAGACACAUUAGACAAAGACUGAAGGUCGCAUGCUGACUGUGACACAGAAGAAACACGUCUGAAUGUUUGUGGAUUGGGGGUUAUGGUGUCAUUUCAGGAGCUUUGUUCUGUGGGACAGCCAGCAAUGAAGGGAAAGUCAACCUGUACCAAGGUGCUUUUUAUUGUACAUAUAAGGCCGU